AUGACCGACCCCUCGACCUUCAACGGCCCGAUCCAUCCAGACCUCAUCCCCCACCUCGAUGCCGAAUACGCUGCAUUUCACAGCAAGUACCUGGCUGACCGACCAGCGAUCCAUAAGCUCCCAUGGGACCCCGCAUGUCGAGCUGGACCCAUCAACCUCGGGGGACUAGAGCCUUGCAAAGUGGGAUCUGUCAGGGAUUUAAGUAUCCCCGGCUCUCCGCCUGUCAACGUGCGUGUAUUCACCCCACCCGGCGAGAAACCAGGGGGAGGGUGGCCUGUGUUGGCUUACUUCCAUGGAGGAGGCUGGGUUCUGGGAAAUAUUGAUACCGAGAACUCGUUUAGUGCAAGGACAUGCCUUACGGCCAAAUGCGUCGUGGUUUCGGUCGACUAUCGUCUGGCUCCGGAACAUGUUUUUCCGGCCGCUGUCGAUGACUCUUGGGCCGCAGUAGAGUGGAUCUCCGACCACGGAGCAGCUGAACUAGAUAUCGACCCCUCGAAAAUCGCUGUUGGGGGAUCCUCUGCCGGUGGUAACCUCAGUGCUGUUGUAACUCAGCGAGCAGUCCAGCGCUCUCCCCCGCUUCCUAUCAAGUUCCAGGUACUGAUUGUGCCGGUAACCGAUAACAGCGUACAGGAGGAUGGGUCAUCACUACUUCCAACUCGUCAUGAGUCAUGGGUAAAAUGGAAGAACACAACACCUCUUACUCCCGAAAAGAUGAUGUGGUUCAGAGAGAACUACCUUCCUGACAAAUCCAAAUGGACACACGUAGAUGCUUCGCCUCUAUUUCAGAGCGACGCUGAGGUAUGGAGUAAGCUACCCGACGCAUGGGUGGGAGUGGCAGAGUUGGACAUCCUAAAAUCCGAAGGAGAGGCGUACGCGCAAAAGCUGAAUGAGGCAGGAAAGAAGGUUGAGGUUGCUGUAUAUCCAGGGGCCCCCCACUCCAUCAUGGCUAUGGAUGAAGCUAUUCGGAUCGGCUUUCAAUUAGGAGAAGACGCUGCUCAAGCGCUAUAUGGGGUAUUCUAUCCCUCGUAA